CCACAUCUGGAGGAAAAUAAAGAAUCAUCAUUUUAUGUCCUCCACCCUCUGUCUUAUUCUCCUCCCUUUCCCUCCGUCUCUUUUUCAGAUUGAGGAAGAAGCAGGGAGACAGUAGACAGGCGUCGUAAGCAAGCGAUGCUCCUUUGAAAUGUAUUUAUUUAGGAACGAUUUAUCGUAACUUGACAUAGCUAAUAUUCCCCUACAAUUGUAUCUGCUCUUACCUUAAAAGAACAGUUUACGUUUUUUAGUCUAAACGGUCUUACAUUGCGCGUGAGUUAGAAAUGGUCAACUGGAUCCAGGAGUGUUUUUGAUGAAGACAUCUGGCGUUUUAAUCUAAGCGUUAAACGGACCGCGCGCAUCAAGUCGUCUCAGCGGGUCACGUAUUUCGGAAUCCGACGGAACGUCAUUACUGAGGAUUAAAGCCAUGCUGUCGCUGGACGAGCCUCUGGACUUGAAGAUUCCCUCCGGCCCUGACAGGACGCUCAGAACGUCCAUCUGUGCCCCGCUGCACUUUGCUCGUGCCCGAAUAUCCCGGGCACUGCACAAGUCCACAAGCGCUGAUGCAGCUGAUAAGGACAUGUCAGACUCUUCAUCAUCCACAGCUGUGGAUCUAAGUCUGUCUCCAUCCUCCUCUCCCUCACCACCCUCUCCCAUAGACAGCGGCGCCAGCUGGAGCCCCAGAGCGCCUCUGCUGGCCUCAGAAUCCGAGAGUACCAUGUAUCACGAGGACAGCGCCUCUCCUCCUCCAGGUUUCCAGUUCUUUCUGCCGAUUGGUGCAGAAGGUCCCCUGCGCCUGCCCUCCUCGAUGCUGAUUGGUCGACACUCUCCUGAGCCCUCUAGUGACGAACAGCUGGCCUGCCGCUGGCUAAAGUGCCAUCUGCUGUUCGAGAGCCUGCAGGAUCUGGUGGACCAUGUGAAUGACUCGCAUGUGAAACCAGAGAAGAAUUCCGGAUACUGCUGCCACUGGGAGGGCUGCGCACGCAAGGGAAGAGGCUUUAAUGCCAGGUACAAGAUGCUGAUUCAUAUCCGGACCCAUACCAACGAGAAACCUCAUCACUGCCCUACCUGCCACAAGAGCUUCUCACGCCUGGAAAACCUGAAAAUACACACGCGCUCACACACAGGAGAGAAGCCGUACAUCUGUCCUUACGAAGGCUGCAACAAGCGCUACUCGAACUCCAGUGACCGCUUUAAACACACGCGCACGCACUACGUGGACAAACCCUACUGCUGUAAAAUGGUGGGCUGUCUGAAGCGCUACACCGACCCCAGUUCUCUCCGCAAACACAUCAAGGCACACGGCCACGCUGUGGUGCAGGAACGUGCCACCUCUCCCAGAAUCAACAGGCUGGAAUCGGAUGGUGCAUCAUCAGCUGAUGGCCGACGUAUGGAUCGAUCUUACCCAGGGGCGGCUCAUUUCAUCUUGCCGGGUGCAGCAUCAACCUUAUUUGGGGCUCACGCCUUUACCGGGCCCCUUGGCGGUCACCCCUUGGAUCUGUCCAGGCUCUGCCCGCUUUUAGGAGCAGGGCCGGUUCUGUACCCCAGCUCUGGUGCUCUGGGACUUGGGAAGGUGCCUAUCUUGCACCCCUUGUUGUUGCCGCCAUUCGGUCUCAGUGGAGGUCAGUCUGAAAGAGGGGUUGAGGAAGAGGAGGAUGUUGAUGAUGAAGAUGAAGGCAGGAUGGGAGCAGGACGGGGCCCUCACUCAUGGAUCGUGAUCCCUCCGGGAAUGCUGUUCUUGAAACAGUUGGCGACCACUUAAAUAGAGUCAUAUUGCCUUGUUCACACUGCACACAAAUCUGAUUUGGAUUUCACACCUGAUCAAACUGAAUGAAAGCAGAUCCGUUACAUCUCAUCCCGGAUGAGGCUAAAAAACUACUUGGAAAUAUGAUAACUGUUGAGAGUUCAGAUUUAAAUUGGAUUUUGAAUUGUUCUCGAAUGUGAUGUGAAUCCGGUUUGUUUGUUUUCUGUUCACACUACAAAAACUAAACUGGUUUGUGUCAGAUACGCCAAAAAUGCUUCUUUUGCUUCUGAACAAGGCCUUAAGGGCUGUUUACACCAAGGAAAAUAACGAUAACUGUAAAAGGUUUUAAAAAUUGUCCUAAAUGUAGAAUAUCGCUGUACUAUAACGAUAAUGACAGAGCAACAAUGUCAUUGGACUCACUUUCAGAACGAUUUUUUCCAGCUGAUAAAUAAUAAAAACAUUGACUGCCAAUCAGAAUCCAUCCUGCUUUAAAGAGCUGGAGCAUUUAAAGGAUUAGUUUACCCCAUUAUUUACUCCCCCUUAAGCCAUCCUAGGUUUAUAUGACGUUCUUCUUUCAGAUGAACACAAUCACAGUUAUAUUAAUAAUCACCCUGAUGCUCCUAACCUUUAUAAUGGCAGUGAACGGGACCAACGAGUAUGAAGCUCAAGAAAGUGCAUCCAUCCAUCAUAAACGUACUCCACACGGCUCCAGGGGGUUAAUAAAUGCCUUCUAAAGAGAAGCGAUGCGUUUGUGUAAGAAAAAUAUCCAUAUUUAACACAUUAUAAAGUAAAACAACUAGCUUCCGCCAGACCGCCUUCCGUAUUUAACUUGAGAAGAAGGUCUCCUACACCUUCCGUAUUCAACUUAUGAAACUAGCGUGACUGACGCAACGUCAUUUACACUUUCUUCUUAAUUUGAAUACGGUCUGGUGGAAGCUAGAUAUUGUACUUUAUAAUGUUAAAUAUGGAUGUUUUUCUUACACAAACGCAUCGCUUCUCUUCAGAAGGCCUUUAUUACCCCCCUGGAGCUGUGUGGAGUACGUUUAUGAUGAAUGGAUACACUUUACAACAGGUGGUUUCCAUGCACUGCCAUUAUAAAGCUUAGGAGCAUCAGGGUGAUUAUUUAUAUAUCUCAGAUUGUGUUCGUCUGAAAGAAGAACGUCAUAUACACCUAGGAUGGCUUAAAGGGUGAGUAAAUCAUAGGGUAAUUUUCAUUUUAAAGUAAACCAAUCCUUUAAAACGGCAGUCGACAAAACUGGAGCGCGCAUAGAAUAAACACUUAUUGUGCAAUGGUGUGGACACAUAUAGUUAUAGUGAUCUUUAUACAGUUCUUAGUGUAAACAGAUUUAGGCAGUCACACGCAAUAUUUGGAUGUUAGUCAUUAAGAUGCUGCUUUUUAGGAGAAUCUUGUGAGGGAGUUUACAUAAGGAGUGAUUAAAUACACUAUUAUGUGGCAAAAUUCAAAUAUUGAUUUUUCAGUAUUUCCUGACACAGUGACUAAUAUUCAUGAACCAUCUGUUCACAUUAUAAAUCUUAAUGUCAUCAAAGACGUCAGAAUGUACGUAAUGUGAUGUCUGUUGAGAUAUGCCUAGUGGGCGGAGCUUCAUAAUUCAUAAUAUGCACCUUGAUUUUCCAGAUUAGUCUCUUGGAGACUACUGACAGCUGCUUUGACUCACAGUGGACAAACAAAGUGAACAGGAUGUGAUGUAAAGAGCAUACACAUCUUUAAAUCACACACAUCUAUAGAACUAUGCCAUAUAUACACUGCUGUGAGCUAACAAUGCAGUAUGUACUAAACCACUCGCUUUUGUUCCACAACUAGUACAAUGAGUAGGCCGGAUGAGUUCAAUUAAAAAAUACAAAAUAAAACAUUAAAAUCAAUCAAGUGACUUUAGGCAUUAUAAUGUACAGCAUGAAAAAUAAAUAUUCAUCACUUCUAAAAGUGUUAUUAAAUUAUUAGUGUUGUUAACAUUUAAUUAACUGUUAAAUGAGUGUUAGAAGAAAGCAAAUAUAAUCUAAUCUGAAAAAAUUAGAGUGUAAUGAGCAUUCACAAUUAAAUAUCUUUUAAAAAGAUUAAUUUUAUAAAUUAAUAUAAAUUACGAACGUCUUAAAACGGACAUGGUCCCUAUUGUAGAAUGUGUAUCAAACCAACUAGUUGAUGAAAUCAGAUGUGUGUCUUAUUCGUAAAUUUUGAUACCAGUAUGUCUCUCUCAUCCAAAAAUGAACCAAUUCAGGACAAAUAGGAAAAUUUACAUUUGAAUAAUUUUGUCAGCCAAAAUGUGUGAUUAGUAAUCAUCAGCUUGUAUUUCAUUAUUAGCCAUUUAAUGGUGCAACUGUGUUUAUGUUUUGUACGUUUUCGAAGACGAGACACUGACUAUGACAAAUCUGUGUCAUAUGAUGACAUGAGUCCACUUGGACUCCACUAUUUUUAUCCAUUAUUAAGUUCUGUGGCUAGUGGAUUGUUAAACUUUUAUGCAUGGCUGACCUUUUUCACUUAAAUGUAAUUUGAUCAUUUCAAACGCUGAUUUGAUAUCUGCCAUGCACAAUGGAUAAAUGCUAAGACUAUGGCCUGUCACGGCCUGCGUGAGUAUUUUAAUGAAAUGUAUUUGCACAGGAUAUUUUAUCGAACAUAUUUUUACCAGUACCAAGUGCCUUCUAUUGUAAGGUCGUUAUUGACGAAAUACAAUGUAUUAAAUACAUUUGGAUGUAUAUUAUAUUGUCAGUUCAUUUAUGUGUAUUUUACCAAAUUUAGCUCAAUAGGCUUCUAUCGUAAAUGUUUUUUUUUACAUGUUUUCUUGACGUUGAGGCUUAUGUCUCAUGAAGUCUUACCAUACAACAGGACGUCUGUCAAUGUGACCGGAAUGAGAUUUAUAAAAUCGAGGACUGUGACACAUAAGUCCAAUAAAGAGUGCAAUGAC